CUACUCAUCUCCACCUCUCUCCCUCUCUAAACCCUACCAAUGGCUCUCAAAGCAGCCAUUUUUGUUCUUCUCUCUCUCUUCUUGGUCGCCCUUACCAGCGAGGAGGUGGCGACGGCGGUUGGUGGCGGCGAUUUGGCUCCGGCUCCGGCUCCAUAUCCCCACAUAUUUGUAAACUUUGAAGAGUGCCCAUUAGCAUGCAAGACCAGAUGCAGACUCCAUUCCCGGCAAGGGCUUUGUAACAGAGCGUGUAUGACCUGCUGCAAGGGUUGUAAAUGCGUGCCACCGGGAACGGCCGGUAACCGAGAGCUUUGUGGGCCAUGCUACACUCAGUGGACGACACAUGGCAACCGAACUAAAUGCCCUUAAUUAACUCGUAUUAUGAAAUUUAUUUAUGUUUCACUUUUCGAAAUUAAAUUCCGUCUACUUCUUUUAAUUCUCGCAAAUAUUCGGUUGGUAGUUUUGUAAUAUGUUUUUUAAAGGCUGGUCUUAAUGGAGAAAAAACCUGUUUUUUUACAAGUUCAUUUAA